AUUCCCCAACCUAGAGAGCUAGCUUCAUCACUCUCCACUCCACUCACCACCAUGAUAUCAUCUCCCUGAACCUACUUUCCUUUCCCCCACUUUCCUUCCUUCCUUCCUGUCCUUCUUUCUUGGGAGAUCUAGUCUAGCAGAGUUAGUUAGUUAGUUAGUUAGCACUUAGCAAAGUCAGCUGCUUUCGUCAAAAACUGAUGCAGUCGGAGGCGCUGUCCGAACUCGCCGCCGGCGAACUACUUGGAGGGGAGGAAGUCAACGAGCACGGCCUGCCUCCCGGGUUCCGGUUCCACCCGACGGACGAGGAGCUCAUCACCUUCUACCUCGCUUCCAAGGUCUUCCACGGCUCCUUCUGCGGCGUCCAAAUCGCAGAGAUCGACCUCAACCGCUGCGAACCCUGGGACCUCCCCGACGUGGCCAAGAUGGGGGAGAAAGAGUGGUACUUCUUCAGCUUGAGGGACAGGAAGUACCCGACGGGGCUGCGGACAAACCGGGCCACCGGCGCCGGAUACUGGAAGGCCACCGGCAAGGACAGGGAAGUCUACAGCACCGGCCGACCGGACAGCAUGCUGCUGGGCUUGAAGAAGACGCUGGUGUUCUACAAGGGAAGGGCGCCCAAGGGCGAGAAGACCAAAUGGGUCAUGCACGAGUACCGCCUCGAAGGCCAUUUCUCCUACCGCCACCAUUCCACCUCCAAGGAGGAAUGGGUGAUAUGCAGGAUAUUUCACAAGACGGUGGAGAAGAAGACUGGAAUCUUCCUCCACGGCCUCCAGGAACUAGCUGCAGCCUCUGCUUCUCUGUCUUCACCAUCAGGGAACAACUACAACAACCCGGCUGGUGCAUUGCCUGCCUUGUCGGAAGCCGCCGCGCCACCGUCCUCCUCCCCGUCGUGGGAAUUAUCUCAGCCUCAUCAAUCAACCAGCUGCUGCUUCAAGGCUCUUCAUCACUUCCCCAAUCCACCUCCUGAUUUCCUCGCCGCCGCCGAUCAUGGCCACCUCAAAACCAUACUAACCAAUGCAAUCAACGUCACUGAUAAUAAUAAUAAUAAUAGUAGCAACCAUGGUUUUGAUGAUGAUCACAGCACUGGUUUCCUCAGACAAUGCAAGACGGAGCUGGGUGCCGCCGGCGUUAAUGAUCAACCCUGGCCGUCGUUGUCAUCAUCUCACGACAAUUUUCACUUCCCUCCACCUGCUGCCACCACCUUUCACGACUGGGGAUGCACUCAGGAUCAUCAGCGGGCAGCAGCACCGAUGAAUAAUGAUUAUACAAUGCAGCAAAAUCCCUUCCCCAGCUGCUUGUAUACUCAGGACGACGACUCCGCCACCAACGUUGACUACUCAUCACCAUCAUCAGCUGCUCUUUCAUUUCUCGGUUUUCAGUCUCUUACAGUUCCGUCUAUCCCUUUCAACAAGCCAUCCGGCGCCGGUGGGGGCUUCCACGCGAUGAUGUUAGAUGGAGCAACUGCUCCCACGGUCGCCCGAUCAUCAUGUCUAGGAGAUUCUUGGUCGUCGCUAAUGGCCGGCGGCCACAGCAGCUGGCCAACUACCUAGAGUUUGGCUUAUAUUAGUAGUAACUACCCUGCUCCCUAGCUAGCUAGCAGAUCUGGAAGGAAUUAUUCGUAAAAUUAUCAGCAUGUUCUAUCUAUACAUAUAAUCAAUGUUGUACUGUAUUGACUCUAGCACUCUGCACUCAAGCACGAUGCUAAUUUAACUACAUCAGCUCAUUUAACUAGAAUGGAUGAACCUGUUGUCACGAAAGAAUGGAUGGACCCGACAAUGAAGGUCACAAGGAGGGAUACCCCAUCUUGAGUGACAUUCAUUCAUCUAGUCUCUACAAGAAUGGAUCAAUUUGACAGACCGUCGUCCCAUGGAUGGCUAACAAUAAUCAUAUCUAAAAAAAAAAGACUCUUGGCCACAUCCAGGAAAAAAGAGAAUAAGAACACAAACAGCACAAAUUUCAUUCAAGAUAAAAAUGGCUCAAAAGAAAUCCAACAAUCAAUCGCGUCACAUUACCCCCUUACAGCUUUUUAUUCCAUGCCCAAAUUACCAUCAAACAGGCUGUUCUUCCUUUCAAUUGCAAGGGAAACGCCUGUGGAACCGGCCUGCAAAAGAAAAAAAAUGAUUUACCGUCAGCAACGCACUAAGCUGACCAUGUUUAUAGCACUGUGCAUCUCUGAUUUGUUUAUUUCUCAAGACGUGAGCUUUCUACUAGUUUUACUCAGCUGCAGUAGAACAAUCUUCUGCAUUUCAAAGUGAAAAUAGAACGAACAAGGAUACUUCCUAUAUCCUACAAUUUAUCACUGUAGUUUGGUAUUCAAGAUGCGGGAUUGAAGGCCAGGCUUAGUAUAGAAGUCCCUAAUUCAAGCUUGAUCAUCAGAGUCACAGAAUAGACAUGUUGCGGAAGGCAGGAAAGAAAGGAAAUUGUAAGAACAAUACAUAAUGGCGAAAAGAAUUUAAACUCAAUCCCAUCAUAAGAAACAGCUACGCUUAUAAAUCCGGGUAGAUGCUAUUCACCUGGAGGAACUGCCUUAACAAUGUUCAGUCCAAAUAUAAUGGACAAACAACCAAAGGUGGCCAAAACAGAAUCAUAUCGCACCCAGACUUUCAAACCCGACAUGAGUUGUAAAGCAAUUCAAGUCCAGUGUAGACUGUAGAGUGAUCUAACUCAGAGCUCUAGACAAGAAUCCAUUGCAACGAAUUGUGGGGAGAAGUGAUCAAAUGGCUUCAAUUUUCAGAGAAAGUGAAUCAUCCCUAAAUGUCAAAGCAACGUAGAACCACCAUUUCUGUUCAUCCGUCCAUGAAACAUGCCAGUAGCCAUUUCCUCAACCAAUUAUUUCCAACUAAAUAUCCCAGUAACCAAACCAAGCCGCACGCUGAUACCAAUUCAAUUCAGCCAACAGGACUAGAGGAUUCGAAGGGUUCAAGAUGCCCUAUACUGACAUGAAAGAACAACUGAAUCAAGCGGCGACAAGCAACAAAGGGAAGGGGAUAAAAUUACCAUACCAUGAGGAUCUCAUUUGGAAGAGGCGGAGGUCUUGGAAGCGGAGGUGGAGGAAGACGAUGAGCCAUAGCGCGGCGGCGAAUAGAAGAGAGCUGCGACCAUGGCUCCCGGCAGAACAACGUACUGCGAGAGGGCAGAAAGCUUCGACAACAAAGGCUCUCCUCUCAUGAGCGACAUUCUUUCACCACUGUUUUCUCUGCUUCCUGCUUCGGUUCUUCUUCGUCAAAAUCGGCAGCUCGGCGCUCUGGGGUUUCUUCUCGAUUCCUUCAAUCCUUCUUCGUCUUGCGAUUUGCGAAUCUCAAUCACGGGAAGGAAGGAGAGAGAGGGCGGGCGGGGAUGAGAUCUGGUACUAGUAGCACUUACGGUAAACUGAAAGCUCGCGAGGGAUCGUGCGGCUGCAGAUCAUGGCAUCAUUCCGACCAAACAACACAUGUUUUCCAUCGACGGUGGGGAACGAAAGUGAUGAUGGUCGAAAUGAUACGAGCCAGUUUUUUUUUUUUUGGGGGCCCGGCCCAUUCACUUUAAUCCGAAGCGGAAUGUCAUUGU